UGGAAUCCUCUGUUGUUCUCAGGACCUCAUUGGACGUAAGCCUGUAGACAGUUGCUCCGCUGCAAAUACGUUUGAGUCCAGUUGAGCUGCUGGAAAGACAGAGAACAGACUUUGUUCACUGUGAUCUGCUUUACUCUGCUUCCUCUGACUGAGGUAAGAGUGCUGCUCUUUACUGGCUUGGCUGCAUGCAAUGUUCAGAAUAUCUGAGAUGGAUCCCAAUGCGACAGCGGAGUAUGAUUACAGUGCACUGAUCGAGGCAGAGAAAUUAGACACUGCGAUCCUGGGUCGCAUCAGGAUGCAAUACAUUGUUGCGUACCUCAUCUUCUGCGUUCUCGGCGUGAUCCUUAAUGCGUAUGUGAUCAUCGCAGGCUGCAGAGUUUACCACAACCUUCAGAAGUCGGCACCUAGCGUGUGGGUCCUCGCGCUGGCCGUGACCCACCUGAUCUCCUCCGCCUUCCUGGUGAUGCAGUUCCUCUAUGCCUGGCAUCAUUUCAACUGGAAGUAUGGAACCGCUCUGUGCAAGAUCUCGUCCUACGUCAUCUACACCAGCAUGUUCUCCACGGCCGCCCUGCUCAGCAUGUGGACCAUCAGCAGCAGCUUUUGCAUCCAGGGGCUUUGUACUAAAUGUGGCAUCAAUAGCAUAACCACGGUCCUGGUCCUCGUUCUGAGCUCCUGGACAUUAGGAACGAUCCUCAGCGUUCCGUCUUUGUUCUCGCGGGAGAUUCGAUACACAAGGAUAGGGGAGGAGUGCAUUGACGACUUUGAUCUGGACGACAACAAGACCACAGACUAUGGACGGGAAUAUAUGAUUAUUGUGGUUCUCAGCAGGUUCCUGCUGGGGGUUUUGGGUCCCAUGUUGGUGAUGAUCAUCUUCACCUUCACGGCAGGACGACAGGGCCGUAAUGAGGACGCGACUUGUAGAAAGAUCACUUGUGUCAUCAAACUGAUGUACUUCGUGUGCUGGACGCCCCUCCUUUCUAUGGGGCUUCAUCAAGCCAUUGCAGGAAAUUCUGUUUUUGUGGAAAAAGGGCUCCCAGGAGCCACCAUUCUGGCUGCAGCUCACUCCUUCAUCAACCCAGUCAUCUAUCUGUUGGUGGGACACAAACUAAAUAUGCACUGGAUGGUACAUAACACUCGUGAAAACACUAUUGAGGGCAUGCCACUAAAUGAAAUGGUGGAAUAAGAAACAUACCACCUUUUGACAUUCCUGAUGAGAUUCAUUUUCUCUUUUCCACAAGGCCCAAAAAAAAUGGCCCAAAAAAGUGGAAUAACAGUGGGAGAGAACAGAUUCCCCUAAUGGGUCCCUGUCUGAUGGCACUCACUCCAAGUGGUGCGCAAAAAAAAAAUGCAGAGAAAGAGGAAGUGUAGCUCUAGCAAAUAUACUGAAUCCUCCAGAUUGAAUCAAUUACGUUUUCUCCAUCAGUUAAUUGUGCAUAGUGAACUAACAGUGGAAUGUUUACUCAAAAACAAUACUAACAAUUAUGUUAUAAUAUUUCCAAGUUUCCUGCACCUGCGUUUUCUGUUAGCAAGAUAAAAAAUAUGACAGAAAAUUACAUGAACACACCUCAUUUCUAGACCACCACGCCCAUCAAUGUAGAUACUGUAUUUUCACAAGCACAGUUGCUAUUUUAACAAGACAGGCAAAUGCUUAUGGCCCAAAAACAUUGAAUAAUAGUGGGAGACAACAGAUUCCACUAAUAGGGCCCUGUCUGAUGUCACUCACUCCCAUUGCGAGUGGUGCGCAAAAAUGCAGAGAAAGAGGAGAAAAAGUAGCAAGUGCAACUCCAGCAACAAUUAUGUUUUCUUAAUCAAGUGAAUUGUGUACACCAUUGGAACCAACAGUGGAAUUUUUCCAUGUUUCUGGCUUCCAUGUUUUAUGUUGCAAAGAUAGAAUCAUGCCAGAAAUUUACAUAAACACACCUCUUUUCCAGACCACUAAUUUACUAAAAAAUAACUAAAACAAGUGCUGGAAUAAGGAAGAUUUAAUCUCUUAGCAUUUCUGAUGAGAUUCCUGAUUCCUGACGUUUUGAUUUUGUCAUGAAAACAUAUAUAUAUAUAUAUUUCAAAAUGGAUGUCCAGUAAGCAGAGGCAUUUUUCCUUUUUCCACAAGGCAAUACAGGCAACUGCUUGCACCCCCACACAUUCAAUGACAGUGGAAGGGAACAGACCCCUUAUAGGCCUCUGUCUGCUGAAAGAAAAAAAAGGAGAAAAAUUACAAUUUCAUUUUCUCUGACAAUUAUUUGUGUACAGUAAACAAACUAAAAAAUACAUACCCAAAAACAACACUAUAUCCCAUUAUUAUAUUUGAAAGUUUCUGGCACCAUAUGCUUUUUUGUAUAUAUGUGCAUUUUGCAAACAAUAUUAAUGUGGCUGCUUGAAAUUAGUUAAUGUUUUUUUUUGUAUCAGAUUAGUUUUGACUAGUUUUCAAUUAACCUCUAUAAUGACCGUUGCCAGAACACAGUAAAAUCCACAGUGUUAAAAUCACAGUGUUAACAUGUUUUAACUCUCUGAUAGUUUUCCUAACAACACUCAGUAAUAAACAAUCCACAGAGUUGGUGUUAUAAUUCAGAGUUAAAUUACUCAACACUGAUUCUGCUUCACUCUCAGCACGCUCUGCAGUCACCAUUAUUCAUUGUUUGUGAUUAUUGUGUGUGUGUGUGUGUGUGUUGUUCACCCUCUUGGUGUUGGGUUAGUUCAUAGACUGUAUAUAGCUGGACAGAGCAUCGUCUCUCAAAAGUGAAGCCACCACAGGUCGGACGCCCCCUGCUGUUCGGCUGCAGAAAGCUGUGUAACCCCACCCAUCCCCAUAGGUUUCAAUGGCAAAACAGUCAACUUUUAAUCACGUUUUUUUCUAAUAUACUGUAAUUCUACCUCCAUAAUUUAAUGUAACAGCUAGUGUAACUUCUGUUUAUAUUGCUAAAUUUUUAUAUCCCCACAGAAUUUGUUUUUUAAAAUGUUAUUCAGCUCUAUUCUAAAAGGUGUGGUUAUGGUAAAAGGGCUGCUUAUGGGCGGGACCAAUAACAGACCGUCAGCUCCGCUCUGCAGCCUGUGACCUCGAGGCAGCCCUCAGGGGCGGGGUUAUUUAAAUGAGUAGGCUGUCUCUCCACAGUCUUUCUCCCUCCUCUGGUCUCUACUGCGCAGAAUCAGGUGGCAGGAUCGCCAACAUGGCGGAAGAUUUUGGCUUCAUUUUCAUUGAAUGAAUGGGAACGGAGACACGGCGUCCAUCUUUUUUUUACAGUCUCUGGGUUAGUUGGUGGAUAUGAGUCUCCACCCAAGAGUUAUUGUGUUAUUGGAGAACCACUGUUUUCACACAGUUUUUGACGGUCUCUCUUGUUCUAAAUAAAGAAUGCUUAGAUAGGAUGAAAAUAAUUUAUUCUGUGGUGUAGCUCACAAAUUUGUAAUGUUUUACAGAUAAUCUGGUAUAAGGUUUGGGUGAAAUUUAGAAAAUAUACAAAAAUAUUUUUUUUAUUGAAAAUUAAUUACCAAUUUUGAGAGUUGUUUCACCCUGUGGGUAAAAAUGUUUUAUCACUGAUGAGAGUUACAUAGAGUUAAUAUUCAGUGUGACUCCACACAGUGUUGAAUUAACUAAAUUAACUGAAUUAAAUUUAACUCCUGUGGUACAGUUAUUUUAACACUAUAGUGAGUGGGACCAUAUGGUAUCUAGGACAGUGUUAGAUUCAACUCUUAAAGAGUUCAUUUAACACUGUCAAUCUUGCUGUGUAAAAAAAAAAAAAAAAAAAAAAACGUAUACACGAACUUAAAAAUAAAUGUGGAUGAGAAAAUUACUGAAGACCAGCAUUUAUAACUUCACCCAUGGCUUUCUUCUCACCCUGUUUCUUGCGCUACCAUUGGCUGUAGUCGUCCUUUAGAAGACCUCAAAUCUGCUAAAUAUUUGUUAAGGGCUUGCAAAGCAUUGCUCUCAGUGAGUUCAUGUCCUUCACCAAUUAAGAUAUAGUGACAAAGACAGCGGUCUAAAUCGCUGCCACUAUGAGCGGGAAGUCGCAGGUUUAAACCCCCGCUCAUGCAGCUUUGACAUCAAGCUGCCGGCGCUCAGAGGGAGCACAAUUGGCCCUGCUCUCUCCGGGUGGGUAGAUGGCGCUCUCUCUCCACAUCACUUCUAGGGUGAUGUCCACAGCACAGGGCAUCUGUGAGCUGAUGUAUCAGAACCGAGCCGCUGAGCUUUCCUCCGAGUGCUAUGCUGUGAUGCUACUCGGCAAUACUGCAUCAGCAGCAGCUGGAAAAGAAGCGGUGUCUGACUUCACAUGUAUCGGAGGAGGCUUGUGCUAGUCUUCACCCUCCUGGUGUGUUGGGGCAUCACUAGUGAUAGGGGGAGUCCUAGUGAGUGGGUUGGGUAACUGGCCGUGUAAAUUGGGGAGAAAAUGGGGAAAAAAACUGAACAAAAGGUUAGUAAAUAAAUUAUUUGCCUCUGAAACGACACUUUUGCUAGCAAAAACGGCUGGAAUUGGAAAAUUGCGUAGUGUGAAUUUAAAUUCAUCCCGUAACGUUUUUAUUCAUUGUUAUGUGUCCAUUUGAUAUUAUUCAAACAAAUGAGUCAGUAUUACUUGCUUUAACAUGUACGGCCCUAUUUUAAUGAUCUUUAGGUGAGCUAUCAAUCGGAAAAGUACAUUUUGCACAUCUCUAAAUGCGCAAAAGGCAUGUACUAAUUCUCUUAAUUAAUCACGGGUGUGUUUUGGGAGUAGUGUGAAAUAAACCAAUCUGGCUCUGACUUUGGUGGAUUGAUAUUUUAAUGGUGCAGUGCUUCUGCACUUCUCAGCAGAGGAAACUGACCUGCAGCUCAUUUACAGGAACAGCAAUGUUAUUUUAUUUUCUAUUCUGUUCAUUACUAAAGUAAAAGUCAGGUUUGUGCUCUGUGUGUUAAGCAAGCGUGGCACGACUGUGUUGCCAAAUGGUUAAUAUCUGUAUUGGUUGUAUUCCAGACCACCAUGCUCAUCAGCGUGUUUAUAGAAAAUUAGUGUCAGUGUAACAUUUAUCAGUUCAAUUUUCUGACCACAAAUCUUUAAGUUUCUAUUGUUUCUAUUCUGCUCAUCAAAAUCUAAAUGGUAAAAAUCCUCAAUUUUUGGUAGAAAGAUGCAAAAAUGGAAACAUACGAAAAUAGAAUGUUAUCCUGAUUUUUUGUGAAAGUUUGUGUGGGGCAUGUUUCAUAAUUUUGAACUUAGCCUCAAACGGUCAUAAAAUUAAACUGACAAACAUUAAACCGACCACAAUGCGUUUGUAUAUGUAGAGACAAAUAUAUGUGUAGUGCUUAUGACAAUGGUAAAACAUGAAUUUUUUAAUGCAUUUUAAUGCAAAGUUAUAUAUGUUAUAUAUGUAUUUUCGACAGUUUUGUUUUUCUCUUGUAAUGUAAUGUUUGUUCCUUUAGAAGUCAUUUGAGAGGUGUUACAUUUGAAAGAAAACAUAUGUCACACAUUAUACAUUUAACCUGUGUCUCUUUCUUGAGCCUCCAUGAUGAAGGUUUAAUAAAUGUGAAAAUCUCUGUGAA